UGAAGUGGUUCGGGGGAAGCAUUGUCAGAAGAAUGUGGGCUUGUGGGCGCCGCCCUCGGCGGGCUGGGCGUGCAGCACCCCGCCUCGCGGCGGCUGUACGGUGGGAGCGGGACGGCCGCAACUCUGUCUUCGUAGUAGAGUGAGAGGGCGCUCACGAGGGCGGAGCGAGCCAUCGUCGCAUCUGCCGGCGUCGCCCCGGAUCCCGCUCAUUCGUCUCUCGUUUAGCGUCUGCUAUGUAAACGUGCCUUGUUGUGAAUCUAAACAAAAUCAGUCAGUCGUCGUUUUGUUGUCGAGAGAGUAGCCUGUCGAGGGUUCCGCGUCCGCGGGUUUAACAUGCUGUGCCAGUGAUCGUGGUUCGACACGAUGCACGCGUUGUUCGGCGAACAGAGUCCGUACGCGUACCGCGGAGCCGCCGCCGGAGGCUACUCGGCCAGUGUCACCCCCUAUGCGUACGAACAGUACCGAUACGGAUACGGUGCUCCUUACCUCCACCCGCAUCAGCAGCAUGUCGGUGCACCUAAAGACAUGGUCAAACCGCCUUAUUCCUACAUAGCACUUAUUGCGAUGGCAAUACAAAACGCGCCCGAUCGUCGUAUUACACUCAAUGGCAUUUAUCAGUUUAUAAUGGAGCGUUUUCCAUAUUACCGUGAAAACAAACAAGGAUGGCAGAAUUCUAUUAGACAUAAUUUAAGUCUAAACGAGUGCUUCGUGAAAGUGGCUCGAGAUGACAAGAAGCCUGGUAAAGGUAGUUACUGGACGUUAGAUCCAGACUCCUAUAACAUGUUCGACAACGGAUCAUAUUUGAGACGACGGCGUCGUUUUAAAAAGAAAGAUGCCUUGAAAGAGAAAGAGGAAGCUCUGAAGCGGCAGCAACAGCUGCAGCAGGCGCAGGAGGCGCUGGCCGCGCAAGAGGCAUUAAGCGUGUCCGACGUGACGGGGCAGGCGCGCGACGUCAAGCCCGACGUCAAGCCGCGCCUCUUCGAAUGCCGGCCCAAGCGCGAACCCGGCGCGGAUUGUGCGCGCUACGAUAAGCCGUCGGACUCCCUGGAUGACUACAGCGAGCCCCGGUUACCGCCCUCUGCCGUGUACUGCUCGCCGCAGCCGUACGCGCUGGCGGCAGAGGAGUUCCGAGCGGCCGCGUCGGGCUGGUACGCGGCGCCGGAGCCGCCCGCCGAGCAGUUGCCUCCGGCUUUCCGCGACCUCUUCGAGCCUCCGAGUUGCCAGCUGGCUGGCUUCCGGGGGUCGCCUCCUCCCGACGCUUACCGCACAUCGCCACCGCCUCACCACCACUACCGCGCGCCGGCGCCCUCCUACUACCAUCACCAAGCGUGCGUGGCAGCCGCACCCGCACCCGCUCACAAGUCCUACUGAGACAUCGCAUCCAGGAGGCCGGCAUCACACGGCGCCGAACGAAUUUAGCUGCGCGUCAGUUCCAGAACGGAUAAAUAUAGCGCAGUAGCCGGAGAUGCCGCGGAGGCAAGUGGCGGCGCGUCGAUAACCACUGUUUACACGUCGGCGGCCGGCCCUGCCGCCUCCCGCUCCGUCCACACCUAUAGGUAUGACGGAAUAAGAAGACGGGAGGCAAGCAGCAGGGAGAAACGAUACAAUAGUGAAAGAUUUAGUGUGAUGGACUGAAAUGUGCUAUCUUUCAGUGGACCUCGUAAACUGACCAGUGAGACAGAUAGUUCCGUUUGAGCGAACUACAUAAUAUAUAAAAUUAGCAUUAUUGUGAAAUCUCUAGUUCUCAUCAAGAGAGCGUUCAUAAUGGAAGGAGUUAGUACGUAGGUAUGUAUAUUCGUUCACCAGUGACUUAUGUAAGGUAGAAAAGGAUACAAAUGAAUUUAAUUGUAUUGUGACAAUCACUUUUCUUGAGUGGCAAGUUGAUUUGCAUACCUAUUAGUGUAAAUACGUACUUAGGUAAAAAUUACACAAUUCACAUGUAUUCUACACCUAUCUUAGCAAGCUCUUCUGAUACUUGUUCUAGUCUGUUGACUCGUCUUUUCUGUGUAAUAUUUGAAUCAUUGAUUAUAUACGUACUUAUUCACCUUUAGAAAUAACUAUUGAGAAAUCUUUGACAUGCACACUCAUUAGCGUGUAGGUUAGGUAAAAAACGUUUUGGCUUUAAUAUUUGAAAUAUUUUUUAUUUAUA